AUGACUGGCCGGAUCAAUGGCUAUCUGUACUCGGAAACAGGCCUGAAGGCCGGACUACCUUCCGAAAGUGUCAUAUCACCUCCACAGAAGAUCGACCGGCAAGUUGACAUAUGGGAUGUUGCUGUUAUAGGUGCAGGUUACGCCGGGCUGGUGGCUGCUCGGGAUCUCACUUUACGGGGAUGUCGAGUUUUGCUCGUCGAAGCUAGAGAUCGGAUUGGAGGCCGGACCUGGACAUCAACCAUCGACGGGUACCAAUAUGAGAUGGGAGGUACCUGGAUUCACUGGUGCCAGCCGCAUCUCUUCCAUGAACUUUCUCGCUAUGGGCUUACGAAGGAGAUAAUGUUCUCACAGCAGUACUCAGACAAUGACCGCGUAAUGACGGCCAAGGUAUUGAGCAUCUACUGUGAUAUUGAUGGGUGUCAGGCGCGCCGCGUUAUUCCCCUACCGCAUGACCCAGCAAGCCGAGGUGAAGUGGCAGAGAGAUGGGAUGCCUACUCUGCCAGUGAUCGACUCAACCAAGUUAGGUCCCAAUUAUCAACAGAAGAGAUUGCGCUCUUGCAAGCGAUUAUCAUGCGCACUGGCGGAAGCGUUGACCUGGAGAAGAUUGCCUUCUGGGACAUCCUCCGCUGGUGGGCACUCUGUGGGUAUGAUGGGAAUGGAUUGGCAGGAAGUACAGCCUUGUGCCGGCUGAAGUGUGGCCAAACUGCUCUGGCUCAAUCCAUUUUUCGCGAGGCCUUAGACACUGGCUAUUUAUCGUACAUGUUUCAAGACCCCGUAGUUCGAGUGGAUCAGACCGACAAAUCUGGCGCGACAGUCCACUGCCUCAGCGCAGAGGUUUUUCGAGCUAAACGUAUCGUUUGUACUAUUCCAUUGAACGUCUUGUCUGAUAUAUUGUUUCGGCCCUCCUUGUCAGCGUCCAAAAUUAGGGCCUUAACCAGCGGCAGUAUUGCGUUGGCUAGUAAAGUCAACUUUGAAGUGACGGGUUCUGGUCUGAGGCAAUGGUCUGGCAUCGCCCAUCCAGCUUGUGGAGGGAUCAGCUACGCAUGCGCCGACGGAACAACUCCAAGUGGAACAACACAUAUUGCUGCCAACAUAUUUCCAAUCUGCCCAGAGAAGGAUAUCGAAACAAUCAAAGAUGCCCUGCUUCGCAUCAAGCCGCUAGGAAUCAAGAAAAUUGUCUUCCACAAUUGGGCCACUGAUGUUUAUGCCAAGGGUGCUUGGACAACCUUCAAGCCGAACAUGUCGCGGGAGUCCCUCGGCCCUCUUCAGGAACGUCACGGUUGGCUAUUUUUUGCAAACUCGGAUUGGGCGGAUGGUUGGCGUGGAUUCAUCGAUGGUGCGAUUGAACAAGGGAUGAAGGUUGCAAAACAGGUUGCAACUGAGCUCAUAUAA